AUGGCAGGAAACGUGACUCGUGACCGCAGAAGGACCAGGAUCGUCCCCUGGCACCUAGAGCUGUCUGUCCGCAGCAAUGAGGAGCUCGGCAGGCUGCUGGGAGGAGUGGCCAUCGUUCUGGGAAGAGGAAGUAUCAUCACAAUGGAGGAUCUGAAGGAUUAUGUGCCUGUCUUGGAUGAAAAUCCUUUAAGGGUGAAUCUGGGGGAGUACAUCAUGGUUGUUCCCAAUGCCCCCUCUAGCGGCCCUGUGUUAUCGCUGAUAUUAAACAUCUUGAACGGGUAUAAUUUCAGUACCGAUAGUGUGGCGAGUACAGAGAAUAAGAUCCUAACCUACCAUCGCAUCGUGGAGGCAUUUCGUUUUGCAUAUGCAAAGAGAACCACACUCGGGGAUCCAAACUUCCUCAACAUCACAGAAGUACUCCAGAACAUGACUUCCAGUUCUUAUGCAGAAAUCUUCCGUGAUAAAAUUACGGAUGAAACAACACACCCAACAAGUUACUACGAACCCGACUUUUACCUGCCUGAUGACCAAGGGACGUCACACCUGUCUGUAGUGUCAGUAGAUGGAAGUGCUGUGUCCGCCACCAGCACCAUCAACGAUUUUUUAGGCUCCAAAGUCUUGUCAAGGUCGACAGGAAUUAUCCUUAAUAACCAGAUGGACGACUUCAGCUCCCCGCUCAUCACAAACGGCUUUGGUGUUCCUCCUUCCCCAAACAACUUUAUCAAGCCUGGGAAAAGGCCAAUGUCAUCUAUGUGUCCAACUAUUAUUUUUGACAAAAACAAUAAAGUAAAGAUGGUGGUUGGAGCUUCAGGAGGACCAAAAAUCCCUACUUCUGUUGCUCAGGUUAUUCUGAAUGCACUGUUCUUCAACUAUGAUCUGCAUAAAGCCGUAACAGAGAAGAGGAUCCAUAACCAGCUGAUUCCCAACACCACACAAUUAGAGCCUGGCUUUGACAAAAAUGUCAUGGAUGGUUUGGUGAAAAAAAACCACGAGCCAGAGUUCCAUUCUACAACAGCAGGAGCCAAUGUGCAGGCUGUAGUUCGUUAUGAAGAAGGUCUGCAGGCUCAGUCAGACCCUCGUAAAUGGUCGUAUGCAGCUGGGUACUGAGGUCAGGAACACGCCUCUGAUUAUGCAG